AUACCCAAAUUACUGGCGAUACCAUUGUACUAGUUUUGCGUGGUAGCCAUUUUAAUUUUUGGCGUCGAAAAAACUACGGCGAGCGGUUUUCGCAUAUCCUGUAGUUUUGUUUAAUUGCAUUUAAAGCAAGUCAGUUUUGCUCGUGGAGGCAGUAGUAGCUCAGCUCGUGUGUGAUUCUCGGACGAUACGAAACGUGUGGUUAGAACAGUUCUGCACCGAUUCUCUAAUUAACUCAAGUACAGUACAAUGUCGAUGUCUGCCACGUGCUACAAGUGCAACCGGCCGGGCCACUUCGCCCGGGAUUGCAGUCUCGGCGGAGGACCAGGAGGCGGCGGACCAGGUGGUGGCGGUGGCAUGCGUGAUGGCGGUGGCGGCGGCAUGCGUCGUAAUCGUGAAAAGUGCUACAAAUGCAAUCAAUUUGGGCACUUUGCACGCGCGUGCCCCGAAGAGGCGGAGCGCUGCUAUCGGUGCAACGGCGUAGGCCACAUCUCCAAGGACUGCACUCAAGCCGACAAUCCGACGUGCUACAGGUGCAACAAGCCCGGACAUUGGGUGCGCAACUGCCCCGAUGCGGUGAAUGAGCGCGGCAAUGGGCCAGCAAACGUCUCAUGCUAUAAGUGCAACCGCACCGGACACAUCUCCAAGAACUGCCCGGAGACGUCAAAGACUUGCUACGGCUGCGGCAAGAGUGGUCAUCUGAGACGCGAAUGCGAUGAGAAGGGUGGACGGAACUAGAGGAUAGCAGUGUGAGCGGUCUCAGAGAAAUCAACGAAAAUGUUUUGUCAAAUAAAAAAAAAUGAAAAGAAAAAAUAUUUAAUGAAAAAAUCAAUUGCCAGCCAACAACAACAAAACAGCAAAACGCAAAACAGAAGAAGAAGCGACCAAUCAGUAAAACCGAGUCAAGAUCAACAGACAUAAAAUCAACCCCAAACGCAUACACACACCCACACAGAAUCACAUCCAUACCCACACACACACGCACACAUCUAGCCGUCAUCUAAGCAGCACAUCUCUAAUUCCAAAGCUCUGAGCCUGCAGUCGUAAAAGAACAGUACAGUGUAUACACAAGCAACAACUAGGAGAAAGCACGAUGGACGAAAGAGGAGAAAACAACGAUGGCGCUAAUGGCGCUGAAAGGCAGCAAUAGAUGGAGAAGAAGAAACAGACGUCGUUGUAUUUUAGUAGCUACUACCACUAUACCAACAACAAAAACAACUAUAUUAUUAUUAUGCUGCAAACGUGUUUGAAUUUACUAAAUACAAUUAUAACGAAUGGAAAGAAAACUAUAUAAGAAUAUAUAAUUUACCUUAAAAAAAAAAAAAGAAAAAAAAAAAAAACUCGAAAAAUAAAUAUAUAUAAACAUACAGAUAUGUAUAUAUACUACAAAGUAUCCUAUUAGGAGUUCCAACACGCAGAAGUUAAAGAACAACAAAUUGAAGUAGGAGCAACGAAAGAGGCGAAAGGGGGAGAAGAGAAGAAACUAAUGUUACCCUACAGCGCUGCGGCUGACGAGCUUUUGCACUUCACCUAUCACAUCAACAAGCAAGAUCUCUAGCGGGUUAGCUAUACUUACUAGCUGGCAACACUAACAGAACAAUAACAGCAACAACAGAACUUGACAAUGGCAGAUGGUAGAUGACACAAGAAGAAGAAAAUAGGCAUAAAGCUACACGAGGAUGAGGAAGAAGAUGAGCUAACAGACGAACCUUUUCACUUGAGCAAGACAAAAAAACAAGGCGAACUACGAAGAUAAUGAUUAUGAUAAAAAUUCAAAUAUCACUGUGAUUGUUUUUUAAUUGUAAAUUAAAAUGCUGGAGCUGCUGAUUUGAGACAAACGAAAUAAUAAUAACCCUACAAUACAAA